AUGUUUAGACCUGACACAGCAAGACCCCAGCCAUUCCUGAGCUAAACAGACGGCGUUAUAGAUGGCGUACUCCACCAAAACUCUUGCUGCUGGCUCGUUUGGGAAGGUAUACAAGGAGAAGUACAAUGACACCUGGGCUGCAAUCAAGAAGGUGCCACAACACUUAAUCAAUAGGAGAGACCUGGAGAGAGAGUGUCAAGUAUACAAUAAAGCGAUUCAUCCUAACAUAGUGAAGCUUCUGGGUAAUCCAACACUCAAGGACUCUAAGUGGAUCAUCCCCAUGGAGUUCAUCUUUGGAGAGGAACUGGAGACAACCAUCUUCAAAUCACAAAAAUCUCAAAUACAGUUAACUCCAUCUAUAAAGGCCACCAUCAUCACAGGCAUGUGUGAAGGACUACUUCACCUACACAGCAAAGAUAUCGUCCAUCAAGACCUCAAGCCUGAGAACAUCAUGGUAGAGCAUGACACUCACAGAGCUGUGAUCAUUGAUAUGGGACUGGCCAAAUUCUUCCGCAAUGGCCUAAAUUCUGCCGUGGAUAUGGGUAACGAGGCCUACUCUCCACCUGAGGUCCUGCAGAGGCGGGGCCACCGAGACCAGCGUUCGGACGUGUGGGCUAUGGGUAAAAUCAUUGCUGAACUCUGUGCCAGAGUCAGGCUGCACACCCCCAGUGUCUGUCCGGCUAAGAUCCAUGAGAUCCUCAGUCUCCAAGGACAGCAGUACUGUAACGCUGUCUGUAGGAUGGUGCAGAGUGACCCCACAGUGCGAGCCACCAUGGCCGGGAUCAUGCCAGAGAUACGAAAGGCAGUGGGAGGUGGCAACACCGAGGAACAACAAAGAGGACAUCUUCCAACACCCUUUCCUCACACUGAGAUAAAAGUCACAUCGCCACGUCCUCAAGCUCCUGUACAGCAAUCACUCCCUCUAUCAAGAGCUGAGUGCGCAGCCUCACCAAGGCCUGAGGUCAAGACGCUAGUGCGAGCUCCUGUGCGAGCGCCUUCUCCAUCGAGAUGGGAGCGUGCAGCCUUGCCAAAGACUGAGGUCAAGACUGAGGUCAAGACAACACUGCAACCACAACCCGUACAGCGUUCACCUUCCCCGUCAAGGUGGGAGCGUGCAGCCUUGCCAAAGACUGAGGUCAAGGCGACACUGCAACCACAACCCGUACAGCGUUCACCUUCCCCGUCAAGGUGGGAGCGUGCAGCCUUGCCAAAGACUGAGGUCAAGGCGACACUGCAACCACAACCCGUACAGCGUUCAUCUUCCCCGUCAAGAUGGGAGCGUGCAGCCUCUCCAAAUCCUGAAGUCAAGAACUCAUCAUCUCCCCUUCCAAAGGUAGACCAGGGUAAUGCACUGGUUCCAUCAGGCAUGGUUCAACCCAGUCAAGAUGUCAUGAAACAGCUUCUCUACGAAGAGGCCUUGAAGGGUCUCCCAUGCCCACUCCCAACAACGGGCAAGGUGCGAAUCCGCCGUUAUGAGCAAAGGAAUGGGGAAGUGGAGACUUGGGAGCAAAAGGAGGUGGAGACUGAAGGAGGGAGGAUAGUCAAGUUUGAGGAUGUGAUGUUUAACAACAAGUCAUAAGUAGGUUGUUGAGAGGUUGUGAAAUAGUUGCGAGUUGAUUUGACUCUGCUUCUGAAAUAGUUGGGAGUUGAUUUGACUCUGGUCACUCCCCUUAUAUCCUUCAUUGUCAAAGUCUGACAUUUUUAUGGAGAAGGGGAAGAGUAUAUUUGGGAGAUGGGACAAACUAAUAUAAGAAUUCUAACAUCCAGUGAAACUAUACCAGAUGUACUGUGCCUAAAAACAAAGUGGCACAAUAUCCCCCCCGAAAAAGACUAUUAACAACAAGAGUUUUCUUGCACUGGUAAGAAGGAAACCUUUGAGUGAGUUAAGGUUGAGUAAGGAUUUAGGCAUGAUCUUGAAUGUACUAUCACUUCUUCUAAUGCUACAUCAUGUUACAGUAUGGCUACAAUGUUGCACAACUGGUUAGGUGACAGUGUACAGAGGCACCUGGAGUCAAAUAACUAUCUGUGAAUGUUUUUGAAAACCUUUUGUUUUAGGAAUCUCAUCCUUGUUGCAAAUCAGUUGACUCUUUAGUUCUAUAUCAUACAUUUGACUGUGUACAUACAGUACCAGUCAAAAGUUUGGGCACUCCAACUCAUUCAAGGGUUUAUCUUUUCUAUUUACUAUGUUCUACAUUGAGGAAUAAUAGUGAAGACAUCAAUACUUUGAAAUAACACAUAUAGAAUCAUUGAACAACCAAAAAAGUGUUAAACAAAUCAAAAUCUAUUUUAUAUUUGAGAUUCUUCAAAGUAGCCACCCUUUGCCUUGAUGACAGCUUUGGCAUUCUCUCAACCAGCUUCACCUGGAAUGCUUUUCCAACAGUCUUGAAGGAGUUCCCACACAUGCUGAGCACUUGUUGGUUGCUUUACCUUCACUCUGCGGUCUAACUCAUCCCAAUCCAUCUCAAUUUGGUUGAGGUCGGGUGAUUGUGGAGGCCAGGUCAUCUGAUGUAGCACUCCAACGCUCUCCUCCUUCUUGCUCAAAUAGCCCUUACACAGCCUGGAGGUGUGUCGGGUCAUUGUCCUGUUGAAAAACAAAUGAUAGUCCCGCUAAUUGCUAACCAGAUGGGGUGGUGUAUUGCUGCAGAAUGCUGUGGUAGCCAUGCGGGUUAAGUGUGCCUUGAAUUCCAAAUAAAUCACAGACAGUGUCACCAGCAAAGCACCCCCACACACCAUCACACCUCCUCCUCCAUGCUUCACAGUGGGAACUACACAUGCAGAGAUCAUCAGUUCACCUACUCUGCGUCUUACAAAGACAUGACGGUUGGAACCAAAAGUCAAAAAUUUGGACUCGUUAGACCAAGGACAGAUUUCCACCAGUCUAAUGUCCAUUGCUCGUGUUUCUUGGCCCAAGCAAGUCCCUUCUUCUUAUUGGUGUCCUUUAGUAAUGGUUUCUUUGCAGGAAUUUGACCAUGAAGGCCUGAUUCACACAGUCUCCUCUGAACAGUUGAUGUUGAGAUGUGUCUGUUACUUGAACUCUGUGAAGCAUUUAUUUGGGCUGCAAUCUGAGGUGCAGUUAACUCUGAUGAACUUAUCCUCUGCAGCAGAGAUAACUCUGAGUCUUCCUUUCCUGCGAGCCAGUUUCAUCAUUGCGCUUGAUGGUUUUUGCGACUGACUGCACAUGAAGAACCUUUCAAAGUUCUUGAAAUGUUCCGAAUUGACUGACCUUUAUGUCUUAAAGUAAUGAUGGACUCUCCUUUCUCUUUGCUUAUUUGAACUGUUCCUUCAGUAAUAUGAACUUGGUCAUUUUACCAAAUAUACCACACCUACCGUGUCACAACACAACUGCUCAAACGCAUUAAUUUGUGGAAUUUCUUUCCUGCAUUUUAACAAGGCACACCUGUUAACUGAAAUGCUUUCCAAGUGACUACCUCAUGAAGCUGGUUGAGAGAAUGCCAAGUGUGAAAAGCUGUCAUCAAGGCAAAGUGCAGCUACUUUGAAGAAUCUACAUGAUUCCAUAUGUGUUAUUUCAUAGUUUUGAUGUCUUCACUGUUAUUCUAGAAAAUAGUUUUAAAAAAUGUAAAAACCAUUGAAUGAGUAAGUUGUCCAAACUUUUGACUGGUACUAUAAUAAUAAGCAUUUGUUUUGUAUCAUCUAAGACAAAAAGUUGUAACAUUUUUUUUACUCUUAAGAAUAAAAGCAUAUAUUUAUGAAAA